AUGGCCAUCGCGGGACGUCUUGGCGGUCGUCGUCACCGGAUCCUCUUUGUCGAUGCCUUUGACUCUUUUACCAACAAUAUCGUCGGAUUGCUGGAGGAAUCCUGCGCGGACACGACGGUUGAGCUUGUGCAUAUUGACAAUGCCGGCUUCCAGAAGACUCUCGAGUCACGCAUCGACCAGUUCGAUGCUGUAGUCGUCGGCCCUGGGCCGGGCCAUCCUUCUAAUCCGGACGACGUUGGCUUCAUCAACCGACUGUGGCAGCUCGGCGAGGAGCGCAUGCUCCCCAUUCUGGGCAUCUGCCUCGGCUUCCAGUCAUUGUGCUUCGCCCAUGGCGCCACGGUGGAAAAGCUGGCGAGAGCCAGGCACGGAAUCGUCAACAGGGUCACGCACCAAGACGACGACAUCUUCUCCGGCAUCGGAGACCUCGAGGCUACGCAGUACCACUCGCUCCGAGCAAACCUGGGCUUCGCGGCUGGCGAUGACCACGUGUCGUGGACACCGUCCGAGACAUGUCCUGAUCUGCAGCCACUGGCAUGGGAUGUUGACGAUGAGCUGAACGGACCUAUUGUCAUGGGGGUGCGACACACGAGCAAACCCUUCUGGGGUGUGCAGUUCCAUCCGGAAUCGAUAUGCACGAACAAGGCUGGUAAGGCGCUCAUCCAGAGUUGGUGGGAUCUGGCGCGGGACUGGAGUCGAAGGAAUGGCAAGGAGGUAGCGCCCCGUUUGCAGGAGAAACAGACGAAUGGUACGGCUCACAAGGUGGGAGGACAAAGCAAUGGCGCCAGUAAUGGCGAAGCUUCACCAGGGCAACGAGGUCACGGGCCCCUUGCGGAGUACAUCAUGUCGAUCACAGACGGGAGAGUCUCUUUCGAGCAGUCCGUUUCGAAAACCAUCGAGCAGCUGCAUCUGCCUCACGUCCUGGAAGCAUUAGGGCUGGUGCAAGACCAAGUCCUGGUGCUGGACUCCCAAGGCCACCCCUCUGGACGAUAUAGCAUCAUUGGUCUUGUCACGCCUGACAAAACGGCCCAGGUCAGCUACCGCGUGACCGAUAAGACCCUGCGUUAUGCCACUGGCCCGACAAAGCAACAGUCUGUUCAAGUAGAGGGAAUCGAGGAAAUCUGGCCCGUACUGCAAGACGCUCUGGAUGUACUUCAACCUCCGACCCCGUCCGCAUUCGAGAAGAACAUUCCCUUCUGGGGCGGUUUCAUGGGUUUCGUGUCCUACGAGGCCGGCCUCGAGAGCAUCGACGUGGCUGCUCAUCCGAGCUGCAAGGAGAGCGCCCUCCCGGACGUCAGCUUUGCUUUCAUACACCGGAGUAUCGUCAUUGACCACCAUGCCUCGAAUGUCGUCAUCCAGUCCCUCCUGCCCGAUGAUGAGAAGUGGCUGGCCACGACGAGCCGGAUCAUCGACCAUCUGUCCUCGGCGAGCGGGCCGGACGAGGGUACACAUGGGCGAGACGCCAAGAGGCGCAGGACCUCUGAUGCGGUCAGUACCGGCGUCUCACCCGAGGACAGAUUCCUCGACCUUGCACUCGCGCGAGCCCAAGUGACGAGACCAGCAGAGCGAGAGUACAGGGAAAAGGUGCUUCGCUGUCAAGACUUUCUUGCCUCGGGAGACUCGUACGAACUGUGUCUCACGGACGAGACGACCAUUGCAUUGCCCGGGGAGAAGAUUGACGAGUGGGAUCUGUACAAGCGGCUACGUCGAAACAACCCAGCGCCCCACGGCGCUUUCCUGCGCCUCGGUGACAUGACCGUCAUUGGCAGCAGCCCCGAACGCUUCCUCCGCUGGACACGCGAGGGUCAGUGUCAGUUCCGACCGAUCAAGGGCACGGUGAAAAAGGGACCUGGCAUGACGCGCGAACGUGCGCACGAGAUCCUCGACAGCUCCAAGGAACGAGCGGAGAAUCUCAUGAUUGUCGAUCUCAUCCGGCACGAUCUCAGCGGCGUCAUUGGCGCGGACAAGACGUGGGUGUCCAAACUCAUGGUCGUUGAAGAGUACGAGACGGUGUACCAGCUCGUCUCCGUGAUCGAGGGAGAGCUCCCCGACAAGAGGGCUGGUCUCGAGGUGCUCAAGUCAUCCUUGCCCCCAGGGUCCAUGACGGGGGCGCCCAAGAAGCGGUCCUGCGAGAUCCUGAGGGACAUUGAGAAGAGACCGCGCGGACUGUACUCGGGUGUCAUUGGGUACAUGGACAUUGGCGGUGCCGGGGACUUUUCGGUUGUCAUCCGGACGGCGUUCAGGGGGUCCAAGGACAGCACAUGGCGUGUUGGCGCUGGCGGCGCCGUGACCAUCCAGUCGACUGACGAGGCCGAGUUUCACGAGAUGGAGACCAAGCAGUCCAGCGUACUGGCAUCGCUCUUUCAGCAGCAUAAGAAGCCGUGA